GGUUGAUGACGAGCAACAGGGCGGGUGUCACCUGUUGUGUGUGCGCGCGCACCGUCAGUCAGUCAGUCAGUCAGUCAGUCGAUUCAGAUCAGAUCCGAUUGAGGAGCGUCUGCACACGGAAACUCAUCCUGCACAGCGGAGCUCAUUGCCGGAAUAAUCGCGUUUCUGACAUCUAGAGGGUCUGAGAGCUAGUUUUCGUGUGUUUGAAGUCAUGCUCCGGUAGGAUCGAUCACCUGCGGCUCUGAAUUAUUGAUGAUGAAGAUGGAGGAGCUGCCGGACUUCAGAGACGUGGAGAACAAACUGGGCCGUAAAGUUCCGGAGAGUCUGAUUCGCUCGUUCACAGGAGAAGCUGCGAUCAGAUGCUCAGAAUCACACGCGCGCACGGAUGAUCUGAACACACUCAACAACAAGAUCCGAUUCCUCCGGCAGCAGAUGGCUCAUCUCCGCUCUAUUGACGUUAAGCUGAUGCAUCAGCUGCUGUCAAUCAACGAGGGAAUCGAGUCCAUUCGCUGGGUGAUGGAGGAGCGAGGGGGCGUGGCCAGCCGGGAGGGCAGCUUGACGGGCAGCUUGUACAGCCUAUCAGACAGCCAGGACGCGUCCCAGCACGGCAGCUGCAGCGACGGAUUGGACGGGAUUUCGGUGGGCAGUUACCUGGACACGCUCGGGGAGGACGAUCCCGAGGAUUCCGACCUGAUGGACAGCUUCAGCAAUAAACCUGUCACGGAGGAGGAGACGUUCAAGAAAGCUCCUCAUCGACCUCGCGUGGAGACCGAUGAGUACUACUGCUUUGGAUAACGUUAACUUGUGCUUGGAUCAAAGACGUCUGCUCUUGAUCCGAAUGUUGUGUGUGCAGUCCUACGAAUUGAUUUAGGAAAUUCUUAUUGUUAACCAUUUGCGACUCAUUCUUGUUCUGUAAGUCAUCGAUGUUUGUUUGAGUUGCAGAAACACUGACUCAAGAGAAACUGCCUCAAUGAAAGUUUAAACCUUUUAAAACACCGAUCCUUGAACCAGAUCGCAAACUAAGAGAAUCUUUUGAACCAUUUGUCUUAAAUGUUUGUUUCCAGAACUGUAUCGCAGGCGUGAAUCGGACACAGCUGCGUUCACACACAUUCAGUUCUCAAUCCGGUUUGAAUGCAGAAUCCACUUCUGUUCAAACACAGUUUGGUUUGAAAGAGUGUGACUCCACAUUGUUCAGGAGUGACCAACAGUUAAAAUCAAAAACCUCCCUUCGGAACUAUCCGAACUUAAUUAGUAGGAAUACAGAUCUAAGGUUGGUCUCUUUUUAAAGAGACACUCGGCAAAUUAUUGCAGAAGUGGAAGCACUUUAAAAAAUGAAACUGUAAAAAAGCAAAUGUACUGUACUAAACCUUUUAUUUUAUACAAAAAAUAUAUUUAACAAAAUGAUUUGGACUCUGAAAUUGCUAGAAACUCAAAUAUGUCUAACCAGGAUGUGUCCAAAUUUAAAGAUGAUAUCGCAAAAAUUGAGGUUCCUUUGAGAUUUUAUUUAGUCGCUUUACCAAAAAUAGCCACCAUUUGUUGUGUUCAUCUGUCACAAAUUAACAUAUUUCUGUCACAAUAUCAUUUCUAUCACUAAACAGCGGCUAAAUAUGGAACCUCGGGUCUCAGACCUUUCCAACGACACGUGUUUUGUCAAGAGUAGAAAAAGAAUUGAUUAUAAAACAGUGCAGUAAAUUGUUAAAUGUGAAACAUGACCCUGCCCACUAGGGGGAGGAGCCUGCUGAAAAGUUGAAAAGGAACGCCAUUCCAGCGCAGGUUCAGUUAGACUUUUCCCGCAAAAUUGGGCUACUUUUACACCGUUGCCGCGGGUUGUUUUUCACGUCCGCGGGUUGAAGCGACCCCAUGAUAUUUAGCCCCUGGAAUGCGAAUUUUAUCAGAGGAACCAUUCCCAAAACGUGGAUUUUAACCCCCGGAACGCGAUUUUUACUGGGGGACCCCCCCUGAAAUGUGUUUGGGCUAGUUUUGAGUAGCAAACGGGCGGGUUUUGUUGUGAAAACCUGGCAACCCUCACUAGACUCAACUUUACCAAGACAAACACAUAUUUUCCCUGUGGAUUAACUUUUGGAUUCACCAUGAUUUGAUCAUAAGACUAGUGCGCUAACAGUCAUUUCAUGUGGACUUUAAGAUGUAAUACACGUUAUUUAUGACAACAGUUGCUCAGUAAGGGUGAAGAACUAUUGAACUGUAAUAUUUACUGAUGUUGUCGUGUUUUACAGUUAAUAACAGCAGACAGGAGCGAAUGAAUACUGUCGACACACAAUCACUGACUUGAAACAUGAUGAUUUUACCUGCUUUUACUUCUGAAACAGCAACAUGAAUUAAUUAACACUACAAUUAAUUAACGUCUCAUUAUUUGAUCAAAUUACAAUCACCUAAUGCCCCUUAAAUCACCUCAAUACUUCAUUUACAAAAUACAAAACAUAUUAAAGUUAAGAAAAACUCAAAUAUAACUGUCUAUUUAAAUAUUAAUACAGUAUACUGACAGAAUGAGGGGAAAAAAAUCACCUUUCAUAAAGUUUUCUAUCCCAGUCGGUGGUUUUCCCGCUGAAUCAGGCAUCUUUUACACUGUUGCCACAGGUUGUUUUUACUGGAGAACCCCAGAACGUGUUUGGGCGGGUUUUGUUUUCAGAUCGAUCAUUGAAAUGUCAUGAAGCUGAAAUCAGUUUAAAAGCACCCUGUAGCCUCAGUUUGAAUGAUGGUGUUGAGUCAGGUAAGACUCAAAUAUUGUGAGACGUUUUGUGAGGGAAUGAGGGAGCACAUGUUUAUUAAACGCUGGAGCUCACAUGCUAAUGCUAACGCUGUAAACUGACGCGUUUGAGCCUCUCUCUGCUGCGCGAAUGUGUGAAUGAACAUGUUUACAGUCGUUCGUGAUGUUUUGCGUUAAAGUGCGAUUUGUGAGCUGCUUCGCUCUUUAACGACUGACUCUUCACUGCAAUAAUGAGAUUGAUCUUACUUGAAUCUGACAUUUUCAGAUGAAUUUAGUACGUUUAUUUGAUACUGUAAUGUCACAGCUGUUGUUUCCGUUUGUGACAGUCGUUGUUUGUGCUGCUAUUUACUUUUUUGUGCUUGUUUUGAUUAAUUGGUUUUAAUUUAUUUUGUUAAUUUUCAACUUUGUUUUUCAGGAAAUGUCAUAAUGCAUUGACUUUUGUCUCUUUAAGCAAAUAAAAAAAUAAUUAUUUUAAUGAAAUGUUUUAAUAUGAAAUAAAACCACAAGAUCCUUUAA